UUGCAAAAUCUAUUUUCCUGUCCUGCCAAAGUCUAACUGUCCCCCUGUCCCUGGGCGGGCUGAGGGAGAAGCUCGGAGUGGGAGGUGGUGAGAGACAGCGCUGCCCAGCGGGAUGGAUUCUGCACUAAAUUCACAGUCUGGUGUCUUUGUCAUCUCAGCCAGUGGGGCGGCUGUGAGCACCAGCGAUGGCUUUCAAACCGUCAAGGUCCCUUUCAUAUCGACAGAGAGGAUGAACAAGAAACGUGCCACGCUGAUCUCAUUGCUGGUAGUGGCUGCGGUGCUCGUGACUGUCGGAGUUCUCCUCUGGUACUUUAAGGGUACAGGUAGAGACAAGGUGGACGUGACAAAGGUCGCUGUACAUUAUGUGGGAAAACUCCACGUUCUCAACAAGGACCUGGACAUCAGCUUCACUGACGACUUCUUAAAGGAGAUUAAACACAGUCUUAAAGAUGUCAGCAAUUUUAUUGACAAAGGAUUCAAGGCCUCUGACCUGGAGCCGUACUACAAUCAAUCAAAGGCCUUCACGCUGGGUAAGGGAAGCCUGCAGGUGUAUUUCUGGAUGGAUUUCCGGAUCAUAGAGGAGGACCUGGAGAAACUGACAGAGGAGGUGGUGGGGGCAGCACUGAACAAGCAACUGCAGAUGGACGAGGAAGCAGAUUAUGUGAUCCAGCUAAACUCAACCUCUAUCAUCGAGAUGUCAGAAAAUCAACUGAGAAGCCUGGUUGCUGCUUCAGCCUCCCAGCAGUAUGGCUUUGCUGACCUGCAGUCCCCCGUGUACCUGUCAAGCUGUGACUACGAGGCCACUAGCUGCUUUUGGCUGUUACAGGCACCAGCAGGCCUGAUGAUCCGGCUACACCUGGAGUGGAUCAAAGCUUCCUGCUACGACUCACUCUUCAUCUACAACCAGGUCUCUGCCAACGACCAAUCCCUCCUAACCUCCUUCUACCAAUGCAGCAUCCAGGAGCCGGAGGUGAACAUCUUCUCUUCCAGCAACGUGAUGCUUGUCAUGUUCAAGCAGGCCGGUUACAAAGGCUACGAUACCUUCCAGCUCGCCAUACAGGCCUUCCCUGUGGUCGCGUGCACAGCUAACAUCACUCUCACAGCGGGAUGGCACAUCCAGGGCAACCAGAGCACUCCCUAUUACCCGAGUUAUUACCCACCCAACUCCCACUGUGUCUGGCAUUUCACUGUGCCCUCUGUGGACUAUGGCAUUGCUCUGUGGUUCGAGGGUUAUGAGCUGGACUCCCCACUCUUUACUGAGACCUGCACCCAGGGCCAAUGGAUCAUUCAGAACACAAAGUUCUGCGGGAGGCGAGUGCUGCAGCCCUACGCACAGAGAAUCUUCCUGGUCUCACCCAGCACCACCGUGACCUUCACCUCUGAGACCACCCUGAUCGGCCCCGGCAUUCAGUUCCACUACAGCCUCUUCAACCAAUCUGACCCUUGCCCUGGGCGUCUGUGCUCAAUCAGCGGGCUGUGCGUGGUGACCUGUGAUGGUUUGAACGAUUGCCCAAAUGGAGUGGACGAGAUUAAUUGUGUGUGUACCGCUCAGUACCAGUGUGAAGAGGACACGAGUUGCAUUUCCUACCACAGCGUUUGCAAUCAAGAGGAUGACUGCUCAGAAGGAAGUGAUGAGACGGACUGUAUCGAGGCCGUGCCCUGUACACAAUUCACCUACACGUGCAAGGACGGCUCUUGCAUCAAGAAGCCAAACCCGGAGUGUGAUUUCAAAUCCGACUGUCAGGAUCUCACCGAUGAGCAACAUUGCGACUGUGGACUGCAGACCCCUUUGCAGAGAAUUGUGGGGGGCACCAACUCCACGGAGGGUGAGUGGCCCUGGCAGGCUAGUCUCCAGAUCAGCGGCUACCACGUGUGUGGGGGCAGCCUCAUCAACGAGCGCUGGGUCCUGUCUGCCGCUCACUGCUUCUUUGACAUCUAUCAGCAGCCAUCGUUCUGGACGGUUGUACUUGGGAAAUUCAAGCUGAACGUGCAGAGCAGCACUGAACUCGCCUUCAAACUGCUGAAGAUCGUCAGACACCAUUACUAUGACGAUUACACCAACGACUACGACAUUGCUCUGCUGCUGCUAGACCAGUCCGUGCCCAAGGGGCCGUAUCCCUACCCCAUCUGUCUGCCCACCCGCACACACGUCUUCCAGGCUGGCUCUGUCUGCUGGGUCACGGGCUGGGGAGCAACGAAGGAGACUGGUAAUGUUGAGAAUGUGCUUCAGAAAGUGGACGUCAAGCUGACCGAUCAGGCCACAUGCACAAAACCUUAUACGAACAUUAGUCCCAGAAUGAUCUGCGCUGGCUACAGGGAGGGCAAGAAGGAUUCGUGCCAGGGUGACUCUGGAGGCCCCUUGGUAUGUGAGGAGACCAGCGGGCGAUGGUUUCUGGCCGGGGUGGUGAGUUUCGGCAUUGGCUGCGGCCGCCCUGGCUAUUAUGGUGUGUACACACGAGUGACCAGGCUGGUGGACUGGAUUCACUACAUCAUCAGCGAGGGUCCGCUCUGAGCGACAGGACCACAGACAACACAACGCCUGCCGUCAGCAGCCCCCACCCCACCAAUGCCAGGCCAAUCCCACCUCACCCAUUCAAAGGGGACUCUUUCAUUGGCUGUUACAGUGCGACAUGGGGGGAGGGGGAAGAGAGCUAAUGCUAACCACAAUUAUAUAUUCAUUCAUAUUAGAAACAACAGGAGGCCAUUCAGCCCACCCAGCCUGUUCAUUAACAGGAGGGGUUCUGCCUUUUCCACCUUUAUUUUUUACAUUCCGGAAGAUCUUUUAAUCCCAUUCCCUGCCUUUUCACCUCACCUUUAACCCACGAACUUCCCACGACUCUGGUUUCCUAGCGUUCACCCUUCUUUGUGUAAAGAACUGUUUCCUGAUCUCACUUCUAAUUUAACAUCAUCCCCAGACAGAAACCAGCCCCUAUCUAGCUCGUCAAUUACAGCGCCUUCCAACAUGAUAUGCAAAUGAUAUAACUGCAAUUUGUUGUUGUUGAUGAUUUCCUUCAUUGUUUUAAACGCCUCAAUCAGAUGCCCCCGCAUUUCCUCUUUCAUUGACAGAGCAGCACUCCGAGACCCUGCCCUGCGUGAAGAGCACUAUAUAAAUGGCAGUUGUUGUUAUUGUUGUAGGACAGGCUGAAUGGCCUUGUUUAUUGAUAGACUGGAUGAUAGAGUUAUAAAGCUUGAACCUCUUCCAAUGCUGCUGUUAAUGGCAAAUGCUCUUUGUUCAGAUACUGCUCAUUGCCCAUCACCAUUGUAUAUAGUGUAAUAUAAAAAUAAAUAAAAAUCAUAUUAAUAA